AGUAUUCCUGGUACUCAAGCAUUGGUCUGCUCCGGAGAACCUGAUUCUGAGACUCCAGAACAAUGUCUUACCACCAGCAGCAGUGCAAGCAGCCGUGCCAGCCUCCUCCUGUGUGCCCACCCCCGAAGUGCCCUGAGCCUUGUCCUCCUCCAAAGUGCCCUGAGCCUUGUCCUCCCCCAGUAUGCUGUGAGCCUUGUCCUCCUCCAAAGUGCCCUGAGCCUUGUCCUCCCCCAGUAUGCUGUGAGCCUUGUCCUCCCCCAGUGUGCUGUGAGCCAUGCCCCCCUCAGCCAUGGCAGCCAAAAUGCCCUCCUGUGCAAUUUCCACCAUGCCAGCAGAAGUGUCCACCCAAGAAUAAAUGAGGGUUUCCCAGUCAUCAGGACUGGGAAGUAAGAGAAAUCUGUCUCACUGGCUCACCAACUCCAUAGCAACACUUCCAUCCUCCUUUGAACGCCUGUCCUGGAUGCAGAAGAAUCUUCUCCACCCUUCAUCCUCCAUGUGCUUAUGAUGGCUCCUCACAGAGAAGGCAUUUCUCUCAGGCUGAUCUCCUGCUGCUUUCCUGGGGAUGCUGAGAAUGAUCUUUUCUCUUGUUUCAGUACACCAGUGGAAGCACAACAGGUAUCUACUGUGUGCUUUCAGAGGAGCCUUCUCAGCCUGCCUGUUACCUGAUCAGGGCAAUGGUCACUGCUGUUUCAUUUCCUGAAAAAAAAAAGAACCCCUUUGGUGAUGGUCUAAUAAAUACAUUCUUUCUUGCAAAA